AUGGUACAACAUAAUCUAAAGAAGAAAGUAUCAUUACCAGGUGGUGUAAAGCAGAAGAGAAAAAUGAAAACUGCAAAACAAGGUCCCAAGAAAGGUCAUCAAUUGAUAAUCGCUCCAAAGAAGCCUGCUGCAAUACAGCAAGCUAAAAUUGAUACAGAGAUAACGCGAACAAUAAACGACAAAAAUGAACAGUUGCUAAAAGGUCGCGCGAAUAAAGAUGUUGGUCGAACUACUACUUCUACCUAA